AUGUCCAAUGUCGAUAUAUCCGGUGAUGGCCUAAUCGGGGUCGAUUACGACUCCAGAGGCUAUCUUCAGCAAGCAUGGCCUGUGGCGGUAGAUCAAGCGCCCCCACGGUCAGAAGACGCCCAUGGUCUUUCCCCGUUGCAAACCAGCGGUCACCCUCUUGAACAGUCGGUGACCCAGGACCCCAAUCUCAUGGUCGAUUGGCACUUUCAACCACUGCAUCACUCUCAACACCUUCCAUAUUCCUCCGAAGACCCAUCGUCUGCGCCCCAGUUCACAACCAGUUAUGGCAUGCCAAUGCACUCCUCGCCCGUCGAUCUAAUGUCCGGCCAGGGUCAAAUGGGCGCCGGUUUGCUCGAUGGUCCCUUUAUGCCCAUGUCAGCACCAGGCGACAUGGUCCCGUUCACCUAUCAGGACUUUCAAGCGGAUCUGAUGGCGUUCCCCAGUGGACUUCCGGAUAUGUCUUAUGCCCCGCACCCCGUUCUUGAGAGUAGCUCGCCCACAGAUACUUAUUUGGAGGUCCGUUCCCUGUCCAGCAGCGACAACGGUUGGAGUACAGUCGACCACCGCCGCUCUCUCGAUUUUGGUUACCCCGAACAGGGUGUUUUUGUCAACCCCACACAGACUCUGCACGACCGCAGCCUUUCGGAAUCCUCAUAUUCCACUUCAUACGGCAGCUUCGUGGAUAUCACGAAUCCGAUCGGUUCUCCCGGUUCAGAGAACAAUAUGGAUUUGCCUUGCUAUACUCACCAUGGCCACAGUCAUAGUCAUAGCCAUAGCCAUAGUCACAGUCACAGUCACAGUCACAGCCACAGCCACAGCAGCUCCAUUGGAAUUCACGGAGCCUCUCCGACAAGCAGCGCAGUUGUCCGCCGUAACCCGUCCUCGCAAGGUUCUCGCUCACCAUCUGCUGUCAGCCCCGUCGGAAUGGUCCGACCGAUCCCAGUUCCAAUCAAGAAGUCAACAUCCCCUGCUCGGUCAUCUGGGUCUUCCCAGUCCUCAUCUGCUUCACCACCAAGCCGCAAACCGUCCCGCAAAAGCCCCAUUGCCGCCAAGACCGCCGAGACCAAAGUUCGCAAGCAGUCUCAGACCGGCAAACCCGAGACCGAGAAGCGAGUGGGCAAGCGAAAGGGCCCUCUCAAGCCCGAUCAACGUAAACAGGCCAGUGAAAUACGGAAGUUGCGCGCGUGUCUGCGGUGCAAGUUCCUCAAGAAGACGUGUGAUAAGGGCGAGCCUUGUGCUGGAUGUCAACCGUCGCACGCACGGUUAUGGCAGGUGCCAUGUACUCGUAUCGAUAUCAAGGAGAUUGGAUAUUUCAUGAAGGAUUGGAAAGCGGAUUAUGAGCGUCACAUUACCAUGGGCUUCUCUGUCGGCAACAUUACCGGAUUCUCGGAUCAGGAACGCACUCUGUUCAUCACCCACGGUUACGGACAGAUUCUGCCCAUCAAUGCCCGCGAGGUUUAUGUUCGUGACGAGCAGUGCUUCACCGUUGACUGGAUCGAAUCGAUGCAGCGUGAUCCAACACAGUAUGAGGUCGAAACUGCCAAGCUCUCCGCUGGUAUGGAGGGCAUCUCGCACGCGAUGCUGUCAGACUAUCUUGACCGCCAUAUCGACGGCAAUGGCACCUUUGAGAAGUUUGUUGACGAUUACUUCGAGGGUACGCCCUUCCUCACGCAGAUGUUGAAGACGGCCUUCCGCUUUUACUUCCGCACCAAGAUGCCCGUUAUCCGUAAGGCGCUCAAACUGGUUGUCGCUUACAACCUCACUAUGCACGUCACUAUGGUUGAAGGCAUCGGCGAGGAGGAGGGAUUCCUUGGUAAAAUCGAAAAUAUGGGCUCCAAGUUCUCCGGCAAGACCAUGGCUCCCGUCAUGAUUAACUUCCAGAUCAAGUGUGCUAUGGCUAGCAUGUGGCGUGAGCUGCAAAAGGAUGUUCUCGAAGAGCUUUCUGCACUCUAUUCGAGUGUAUACAGCGGCGACAAGCUCAAGAACUGGCCCACGAUCUUCAUUCUGGCCUCAAUUCUGCUCGCUGUAUGGGAAGAGAUGCAGUUCGACAGCCACUACCGCACACCGGAUCAGGCUGCCGUCGAUAAGUUCUGCACCGACAUGGAAACCACCCCAGUGGGCGUUAUCGUCGGACUCUUCCAGGCCAUCUCGCAGAAGCUGCCUCCAUUCAUUGAGUGGGACUCGCAAAAGCACCACCAUCUGCUUUACUCCAACCCUGAUGUCUGCAACACCAUGACAGAAGUCCGUCAACAUGUUGAGCAACAUGAGACUUACCUCCGUAGCCGCAGUGGCUCCAAAUUCAACCGUGGCGAUUUCGAUUGCCUCUCCAAUAAAUUUGUGUCGCGACUGGUCAUUCGCGCCAACUAG